GUUGAAGCUAAAUGGAUGACGUCACGCAUAUAUUAUUCUGCUGCUGUGUGUCGGCGGAAUUCGCGCAAGGCUUCAACAUUCUGCGAACCCCCGCUUGCACCACUUCAGCUCUUAGCCGUCGCAAUGUCUGACUUCACGGAGGACCAGAUCGUUGAGUUUAAGGAGGCCUUCCUCCUCUUUGACCGGACAGGAGAUGGAAAGAUCUGCUAUAGUCAGUGUGGGGAUGUGAUGCGUGCUCUGGGCCAAAACCCAGUCAAUGCUGAAGUCCUCAAAGUGCUCGGAAACCCCAAGGCUGAAGAGAUGAACAUUAAGAUGCUGGACUUUGAGCAGUUCCUGCCCAUGCUCCAGGCCAUCGCCAAGAACAAGGAGCAGGGCUCGUUCGAGGACUUUGUGGAGGGGCUGCGGGUGUUUGAUAAGGAGGGCAACGGCACAGUGAUGGGUGCAGAGUUGCGUCACGUCCUCACCACGCUGGGUGAGAAAAUGACAGAAGAGGAGGUAGAGACACUUUUGGCAGGACAUGAGGAUGCCAAUGGUUGCAUCAAUUAUGAAGCCUUUGUGCGCCACAUCAUGGCCGGCUAAGUGGAGGGUACGCAUGAACUCGUAAGGAUGGUCAUGAGCGGCUGAAGAUGUCAAAAGAUGAAGAUUUUAUGUUUAUUUUCCCCCUUUGUUUUUUUUUGUCAGUUUCUGUUUGUCCAUAGCUGCAUUUAUUAUUUUGUUUUUCUUAAGUGCCUUUGAUAUGUUUAUCAUUCCUGAAACAUCUACUGUAUCUCUUUCCAGGGAUGUUUCUGAAUGUUGAUUCCCCUAAAUCAUCCAAUGUGUUAAGACGAGUCAUUACAGGCAUUAUAUUCCACUCACACCAAGACAUUCCCAUCCUUUCAGUCCAGCCAGUCCUUAGUCUUCUCACCCAGUCACCGUGUUUUCUACUGUAACCACUGUCACUGUAAACAGGGGUAGGGUGACCAUGUUGAUGUCCAAAACAAUCAUCUUUUUAGUAGCUGACUUUGCGUCCCUCCCUCAUUAUAUUGUAUUGUUCAAGUGUAAAUUAAUAAAUACUCAGAGGUUUCAAAAA